GUGGAAAUUCAUGGACAAAUGCAGAGUUGUAGUGGGCGACCAAAGGCAGUUAGGAGGCACGAUGUCCGCCAACCAGGGCAUGAACCAUCGCAGUGUCUACAAUUACUUCCUCAACAUGGUGGCCUAUCAGUGUCUGGGUGAGCGAAGGUGGGCGUGGACAUCGGUGACACACCUGUCAUGCAUUGUAAUCAUCAGCCUUUUUAGGGGGCACCGUGACAGUGUGUGGGCGUCGGAAUAUUCACUCGUUUCUGCCCCGUGUUUGCCGCCGUUCUGACCGCUGUCCAAAUUUAGGCUUACUACGAUUAUACCACACGGACCGUUUGUCGUGUCUCCCUGCGUUAUCUGUUUUUGAUUCUCUCUGGUUGUGAGUUCCUUUAGUUUUGUAUGUUUCGCCAUCACCUGCUCUGCCAUUUAAUUAAAAUUGUUCGGACCUCUUUUUUGGGAUCUGCCCUUACGGCAUUGCCGUUCAUGACAGGGGACCUGACUAAGAAGGCAGCAAGUUAAACGUCAAGUCCAAGUCAAUCAAUCAAUCAAUCUGAUAAAACAUGUUAUCUUCCUGCCCCAGAAUUUUAACCUUUUUUCAGGAAAUUAUUUUGGUUUCGCCCUUGUUUUUCAUGCGUUUUGACCAUUCUUACCAAUUGUUGCGCUUUGGCCAAUGGUGAUGGCCCUGAUUGCUCCGGCCAGGUCACAAUGUUUUUCAUUGCACGUUAUGUCAAGCGUGAUGACACCCUUGACCUUACACUGCUCAUCAACCGACUGCAAUUUUACCUCGGUGUUUGUUGGCUUUACUGUCAAAGUGAGUAGGUCCUUGGGGAUGCUGAAGUGUAUGUUAAUCUUACGCUAGUGUCAUUCCCCCCUUGAAGGCUAAUAUCAUUUCCGCAGCUAGAGUACAUUCUUACAACUGUCUUUCGAGGUCUUGACACUGAGAAAGUCCACUAACGACCAACCAAGCUACUAUUAGCAGGGCAGCCAAAAUGAAGAAUUUUUACAAACAGCGCUCUGUCCCACUUAUUAUGACCACCGGAGUGCACUAUAGUUGAUGAUGGGGAACUGAUCACUGUCAAAUAAGUCGCUGUCGAAUAGAUUGUCAAUCGUGGCUUGACCUUCUGUGUCGGGCAUUCUUGUAUCUUCUGCUCCUGUUGCAUCUGCUUCCACUGGGUCGGAACCUGGAGUGUCUGCUCCAGCUGCACCGGGCGAUGGAGCACCUGCUCCUGUUCCCUCUCCAGAGAUGCGAGGAGGUUCAUCCCCUGUUUCUCCCAUGGGGACGGCAGGAGCUUAACUUAGGCCAGGCCAAGUUAUACCAUCCCCGGCCUACUGUAGAUUUAUUCAAGCAGUUCCAAACUCCUACACUUUAGGUCCCAGACCAAACAUCUACGCGGGGAAUAGAUCUCAGACAAUUGUAAGUAAUAAUUCUACAUUUCAGGUAUUUCAAUAUUCCCAUCUGCAUUUCUCAUGGUUGUUGUUAAUGGUUGUUAUCUUUGUUAUCCCUCGUUUUUUGUUAUCAUGACAACAAAACACACAACAACAGAACAAAAGAAUACACAAAAACAUAAAAACACAGUACGGAGAGUCACUGAGCAAUGAAAGGUUACCGCUAAUGUGGUAAUGAUGAUACAAUUUUUUUUUUUUUGACAAAUGUGUCCUCGAGUAAUUUAGAGCAGUUUGAAAUGACUAAUAGAGCAAUAAUCUGGAACGCUGUCAAUUGUGCAAAUGGUGCAGAUACUUCUCAAGUACAUGUGUGACCAGCAUUGGUCAGCAACAGAUAUGCAAAUAGUGCAGAGUGGUGAGACUACUACAGUUAGUGCACUAAUAAUGUAUAAUUGGCCUGACAGAGAUGUGUGUCAACAAUCUCCAGACAAAGUUAACUUUUUAAGAAGUUAAUGGCAAGAGGGAAGAAGCUGUUGGAAUGUCUGCUAGUUUUAGUUUGCAUUGAUCGGUAGCGCCUACCUGAGGGAAGGAGCUGGAAGAGGUGGUGACCAGGAUAGAGAGGGUCCAAGAAGAUUUUGCAUGCUCUUGUCUUAGUUCUCGCAGAGUGGAAGCUCUCCAGGGUGGGUAGGCGGGUACCGACAAUUUUUUCAGCAGUUAUGAUUGUCCGUUGCAGUCGGAGUUAGCCCUUUUUUGUGGCAGCACCAAACCAGACUGUGAUGGAUGAACACAGGACUGAUUCGAUGACUGCUGUGGAGAACUGCCUCAGCACCUCGUGUGGCAGGCCGUGCUUCCUCAGAAGCCACAGGAAGUACAUCCUCUGCUGGGGCUUUUUGAGGAUGGAGAUGAUGUUUGUCUCCCACUUCAGGUCCUGAGAGACUGUAAUUCCCAGGAAGUUGAAGGUCUCGACGGUUGACACAGGGCAGUUUUACAGCAUGAGGGGCAGGUGUGGUGAAGGAUGCCUCCUGAAAUCCACGAUGAUCUCUACAGUCUUGAGCAUGUUCAGCUCCAGAUUGUGUCGGCCGCACUACAGCUCCAGCCGCUCCACUUCCUGUCUAUUUGCAUACUCGUCUUUGAUGAAACCGAUGACUGUGGUGUCUGCAAACUUCAGGAGUUUGACAGCUGGGUGCGUUGAGGUGCAGUCGUUCUUGUAGCGAGAGAAGAGCAGCGGAGAGAGGACACAUCCUUGCGGCACCCCAGUGCUGGUGGUACAUGUGGAUGAGGUGGUCUCCCCCAGCCUCACCUGCUGUGUCCUGCUCGUCAGAUGGCAGGUGAGACACUGAGCUGGAGAAGCUUGGAGGAGAGGAGUUUGGGGAUGGAAGGACAUCUUUCUAAUUCAAAGGGAUCUAUCAAUUAUACUAAGUAUAAUUAAUGUGUGUGAAUGAAUGUCUGGUGGUGACUGUCAAUUAAAUAACUCGCCUAAGCGAAGAUAUGUUAUCAGUGGCAUGCGUAGCUUAAAAAAAAAAAAAAAAAAAAGGAACUGCAAUGUUGAAUGCAGUGUGUGUUUGUAUAUCACCAGUUAAGCGUCGCUCUGUCUUUGGGGCUGCCAGGAGUCAGCCAGAGGUUGGAGGAACUGUGUCUCCCACCAUCGAUCGCCACUUUCUUCUUCGUACAGUCUCUGUUCCAAUGUCUAUCCACUGUCCCACAAUGGCAGCAUCUUCUACCCCCUCUGCGUCCCCUUCCUUGUCCAGUACCUGGCCUCGACCUCAAAUCUGGUUCAGCGAUACUUUGCUGUCCAUGAGGCUGUCGUUGAGUGGGUUCCACAAGACCAGAUGGUGUGGGAGGGAGGUGGCUGCUCUUGUGAGGUACUGCAGCAGUAGACGAGGGGACCGCAGAAGUGCUGUGUGUGAAGGGCUGUGCUGUGGGUUGCAGGAGGGGGUUGUGUUGUUGGUCUUCUUCCAGAUUGCACUCUCCUUGAUCUUUGUCAUUGGAGGGUUGAUUUGUGGAGGCCACUGUGGAACCCAACUCGCAACCACAACCUGACAUCCUACCCAAAGCCAACUCGGACAGAUUAGACCACAGAUAUGCUGCUGCUGUGGGCCUGCUUCCUGCUCGCUCUGCUGUGCCUUCUGUCCUCCAGUCAAAUCGUCCACCAGCACUCGGUUCAUGUACACCCUCUUCCACAUCAUGAGCUGCGCUGUCUCCUGCCUCAUGCUGUCGCGCACCGUCUCUGAGCUUGUCAGAGAAAAUGCAGCUUUCUGGGGACUCCCUCAGUGUUUUGUUUUGACACUGACAUCAGGUUCAAGAGAAAGGAGGGCAAGAAACAGAAGAUGGAACAGAAUGUUAAUUCCAGUUCAGCCUUUGAGCAACAACUACGCAAGUUUUUUUGUGUUUUUUUUUCCAGGGUGGCUUGUUGUUGUAUUUUGCUCAGCAUCCACCACACACAAGACUGGCAAUGUGCUAACGUGGAUGUGCUGUUUGUGUUUGUUUCAGGUGCCUUUCUUCAACAUGGUGUGUGAUCAGGCACAUGGUGGAGGACAUUGUGAGAUGCUUGUAGGCUACUCAGCAGUCUACAGAGUCUGCUUUGGCACUUCUUGUUUCUACCUAAUGAUGGCCAUCUUUCUUGUAGACGUGAAGUCUAGUCAGGACUUCAGAGCACUCAUACAUAAUGGUUUCUGGUUCCUGAAACUAAUCACCUUGCUUGGGAUGUGUGCCGCUGCCUUCUUCAUCCCAACAGAAUCCUUCCUCCAUGCUUGGCAUUACGUUGGUGUGGUGGGAGGAUUUGCCUUCAUCCUCAUCCAACUUAUCCUCAUCACAGCUUUUGCACACACUUGGAACAAAAACUGGCUUACUGGAGCAGCAGAAAAUAAACGUUGGUACUUGGCAGUGAUGUGCGCCACCCUUUUCUUUUACACCAUCGUCACGAUGGCGUUCACCUUCAUGUACAAAUACUACACACACCCCAUCGCCUGCCAAUUCAACAAGGCCCUGCUGUGGAUCAACUUGGGACUCUGCUGCCUCAUGUCCUUCAUUGCUGUCACACCAUGCGUGAAGCACAAGCAACCUCGAUCUGGGCUCCUUCAGGCUUCCAUCAUCAGCUGUUACGUCAUGUAUCUUACUUUUUCUGCAUUGUCUAGUCGCCCUCCUGAAAAAGUUGUGUAUCAGGGCAUGAACGUGACAGUAUGUUACCCCAGUGUGGGGCAAGAUGGGAUCCAGAAUGAGGGCAAUGCUGUGGCCAUCAUUGGAGCUGCAAUCAUGUAUUGCUGUGUUCUUUUUGCAUGCAAUGAAGCGUCCUACCUUGCAGAGGUAUUCGGUCCAUUUUGGAUGAUCAAAGUUUACCGCUAUGAGUUCCAGAAAGCCACCUGCUGUUUCUGCUGCCCUGAAGAGGAGGAAGUCGAGGAAGAGUUUGUGAUUGAUGAUGACAACAAGGGCUGUCAGAAGGUUAUUCACAAUGAGACGCAAAGAGUGGCAUAUAGCUACUUCUUCUUCCAUUUUGUCUUCUUCUUGGCCUCGCUUUAUGUUAUGAUGACCCUCACCAACUGGUUCAGCUAUGAGUCGGCAGUGCUGGAGACUACUUUCACCCACGGGAGUUGGUCUACUUUCUGGGUGAAGAUGGCAUCGUGCUGGGCCUGUGUGUUCCUCUACCUGUGGCUGCUGCUGGCCCCCUUGUGCAGCUGUCAAAAUGAUUCCAGACCGCGCCGCUCCCGCAUCAAACGACGCUCACCGUCCUCCCGUCACGUCACCGUCAGCGUCUGACAUACAGCACGGAAGCUGGGAGGUCACGUGAUGCCGUGUCUAGGGGUAUCAGGGAUGGAGGUCACAUGGUUCACAGGUCAAAGACUCUUGUUGCUGUGAGAUGGUCUAAUCAAUGGGCCAAUAUGAGCUAUGGUGAAUCCGAUAAUGCUUGAUGUCAUGAAGUUAAUAGAGACUUGACUGUAUGAAUUGCCAAAGUGAACGGAAGAGGUGAAGUGUCACGCUAUAUGGUGAUGGCAAAUACAGUGAAUAGGUAGACUUUCUAUAUCAUUGCAAAAACAUUCUAGACUUGGCCACUGUGACAUAACCUGUCUUCUUUUUUUUUUUUAAAGACAAUUUUAUUGCAUUUUUAUUUCGAGCCAGAAGUUAGCCAUUUUAGGUCUAGUCCUGGCUGAGGUUAGGGAUGACAUGUUAUCACGCUUAAAUGACAUAAGGCAUGUACAGCUGUUUACUUUUCUUUGUGUAUUUUAAGACAAUUGAACAUAAUAUUUUAGGUAAAAUAUUUUAUUCAUUUUACAUGUUAACAUGUUUUUUUUUGUUAUUUUUUUCAAAUGAUCAAAGCUCUGACACAAUGAAUCCACACAGUUUAUACAAUGCUACAAUCAAGCAAGACAUAUAUUCCAAUCCUGUUCUUUCAUUUGUAAAACAGAAAUUGUAAUUUUAACUCAAAUACCAAUAAGAAAAAACAAAUACACAAUUAUUAAUAAUGUUUCUGUACUGACUAUAUGAAAAGGUCUUUUAAUAUUUCUGCUUCUUUAAACUGGUAAUCAAUAUUUUAAAAAAUGAAUCUGUCUUGCUGUUAUGAGGUCACCAAGAGCAGACACACAGCUCAUCUUAACUUCGUAAUGUUACACUGCCUGUGUUCGGAGUAGAACAUCUGCACAUUAUCCCCUCGUGACUUUGUGUCAUCGUAAUUGAAAACCUACUGAUAAUAACAGUCAAAAUAAUCAGUUUUGCUAUGGUGAGUAAAUAUCUGCAUGUCCACGAUGUAUCAUAUUUACAUUCCAAAUUAAGUGAUGCCAGAGGCUUUAUAAAGAAACAGUUUGCCCUUGUUGUGUAGUAGAAUUUAAUAUUAAUACUAGCAAGCAUUUAUCAACAAAACCUGUUUGCUUUGGCCAGAAGCUUAAGAAGCCUCGUCAAUUAAUAUACAGUAAAUGAUAAACACUAACAGAACUUACUUAUUUUCUGACCCUUUAUAGUACAGUUUAAAUGUUACCAACACCCUAAACUGACUGUUUUGUUGUAACAAAACAAAGUACCAAUUUGUUUUAUAAUACAGAAUAUCUACAUUAUUAUAAGAGAUGAGUGUAAAACAAUUUUAAGUAUUAUUUGAACUAAUGCCCAAAUUACAUCAGCGCUAAAAACUUUAUUCACUUUUGUCUGGCCAAAAGCCAAAGAAAUAUUCGUUUUGUGUUACAAAUAGGAUUCUAAUCUUCUAUGCAUCAUUUCAAGAAUUACCGAACGACAAGGCAGCUAAAAAGGAAUGCAUGUAAUAAAAUAUGAAUAAAUAUGCAAUGAAGAAGAAUCAGUUUCUAGUUCAUGUAAAUUCUAAGAUACUGUAUCUGUCAUGUCCUGUGAAUGACCGCUGAUCAGUUCAGGGUGUGUACUUCGCCACGCACCCUUUAGGCUCCAGCUUCCCUAUGACUCAGAACUGUUGUAGGAAAUGGAUGGAUGGAUAUUCCUCAUAGUUUCAAAUGUUUUUCGUUUACUUAAUUGUGCAUUUGAUUAUGGCUGAUUAUGCAAAUUAGAAGCCAGCAGGGCUCAAUGAAAGGAUAGCUUUGUGCCUCUUGCCUUCAGAAAUAGUCUGUUCAGAAUUUAGUCAAAUCUGUAAUUAUUAUAAAAACAACAAAACUUUAUUCCAAUAGAAUUUUUGGUGAUUAGUAAUAUGCCCAAUCCCCAUGUGAUUGGGCGAUGCGGUACUGCAGUAGUACUACAAUACGAUACACAUAAAUAGUAAAGUUUACCCCCCAAUUGGCAUGUUCUCUCCGUGCCUGCGUGGGUUUUCUCCGGAUAUUACGGUUUCCUCCCACAUCCCAAAAACAUGCAUGCUAGGUUAAUUGAAGACUCUAAAUUGCCCGUGUGAAUGUGAGUGUGAAUGAUUCUUUGUCUAUAUGUGCCCCGUGAUUGGCUGGCAACCAGUUCGGGGUGUACCCCGCCUCCUGCCCGCAGUUAGCUGAGAUAGGCUCCAGCAUACCCACGACCCCAGUGAGGAUAAGCGGUGUAGAAAAUGGAUGAAUGGAUAUAAUAAUACAAAAUAUACAAGACAUAAUUUUUAUUAAAAGUCAAUAUAUACCGAACCGUACCGAAAAUCGCCACCACAAAAGCGAGAUACGAACAUUUUGUGAAUCAUUCCACCCCUAGGCAGUAUGCUUCAUUUUCAAACAUUUUACUGUUUAAAUACUGAGGUAACGUACUGUAUGUCGUGAAUCGAAAUACUUCUUUCCCUGAACGAACAUUCCUGUUGAGGUUGAUCAGUGUUAUACAAAUCACACUGCUACUGAAGGGAGCCCCAGCCUGUCUGUGAUGACUUGCUUAGUUGCUAAACAGCAUUGGUUGAUGAACAGCAGUGGUUCAGUAUCUGUAGUUCAGUAGCAAGUUUCCACCAUUGUAUAGAUUUGUAUACAAUGUUUUUUUGCAAAUUAUGCAAGUUUUCUGUCUGGUUUGUGAAAACUGUGUCUUUAAUGAAUAGUAAUCAACUUUACACCUAUUUUUUCAAUAAAAUUAACAAUCUGAAUUUUGAAACAACUCCAUUAAUGUUUGAAUGGAAGAAAACUAUACAACAUUUUACCACAAUUAGGAUUAUAGUUAACAAAAAGAAAAGAACAAAAUGAUUAAAAAAAAGAAUAUGAAGAACAGAUGUUCAAUACAGUGGAGUCACAGUAACUUUAGCUUACCAUAAAGCUUGCCAUACUUCUAAAAGGCUAGUGGGAUACAAUCAGUCCAUGAUUGGAGAAUAGAUUCUGAAUGCUAUAUCAACUCUUUUUUAUUUCUUUUUCAAUAAAUAAUCAGCCAAAUUAGCUUCACUUCAUUGCCAGUGGUGUCUGACUGGCCAAUAUAGAGUGCUAGAGUGCACACCACCAUUUAUCACAUUAUCUUGAAUGAGAAGAAGUAAUAAACUAGAAAUGUUUCAAAAUGUAUCAGUAUCUAUUUUUAGAUGAGCAGGAUAAAUAUUAUAUAGUUAAUGACGAGUGAUUUUUUUUUGUUCAUCUGCGUUGUCUAAUUUGUAUGGUGGCCUGGAAGUCCAAAAUAAUAUAACAAAUUGUGAAACACUUACAUUUCAGAAAACAAAUUAACAAAAAGCGAAACACUUUUACAUUUCAGAAAACACAUUAACAAAAGAGGAAACAAAUUACAAAAGACGAAACAACCGGAAAGGGAACGUCCCAUUUCACAGACCUUCUUAGAAAUCCCACGCCCUUUCUCGGCAAGACCCGCCCCGCUUCAACAUGAUCCUAACCUUAACUGAUCCUUAACCCCAAUCCUACUUCUAAACCUAAUCAUAAACUUUUUAGUUUUUUGAAAUUAUAUUUGGGAUGAACAUUUUGUUACAUCUGCGCAGCCUACCCUUCCCGCGAUGCAGGAGCCAAUCAUGUUGAAGCGGGGCGGGUCUUGCCGAGAAAGGGCGUGGGCUUUCUAAGAAUGUUUGUGAAAAGGGACCUUCCCUUUCCGGGUGUUUCGGCUUUUGUAAUUUAUUCUGUCUUUUGUAAAAGUGUUUCGGCUUUUGUUAAUUUGUUUUCUGAAACAUAACGUUUUUUUUACAUUGUUUUUGCACUUCCAGGCCACCGUAGAUUUGUUACGUAUUUCCACCCUAGACCAGGGGUGGGCAAACUUUUUGGCGCAGGGGCCACAUUGACUUAAAAUUUGACAGGCGGGCCAAGCCAGGACCAGAUGCUUACAUACAAAAAAUAAAUAAAAUAAAAGGCAUUAUAGUGUUAAUACUUAGAGUUACUUUUAAUGGGAACAGUGUUGUUUUGUUGAUCACUUUUUUUUUUUUUGCCAGUGCAUCAAAGUCUGGUGUUAGUUUUGUUGUGGCAAUUCUCAGAACACAUCUGAGGUGUGAGAUCAGCUGAGAUCUGCAGGAUGUUCUGUUGGUGUUCGUCACACUAAAAGUAUGUUCACACACGUUUACAGCCAAACACCACCAGCAUCCUCUGUGCCAUCUUCUGGAUUUUUUUUCAUUUGCCUGCACUUAAUGAAGCACAAAACUCAUCCAGUCUGAGAGUUGAACUUCUCUUUUAAGACAGUAUCACAUUGGAGAUCAGUCAGUUCCAUCUGCAGGUCCCGUGGCGCUAUUUCAGGGUCUUGUGUGACUGAAUCUUGGAUAGCAUUUUGUCAGAUAAAGGUGUUUUGCUGAGCCUGCAAGCUUGAUUUUAACCUCUGAGCCGUAGCCAUCAGUUCCUGCGUUGAUUGGCUGUUAGCAUAAUCAGUAUGCUUGGUGGAAAAGUGACGGCUGAUGUUAUAUUCCUCUAAAACCGCAAUGGUUUAUUAACAAAUUAGACAUACAGCCUUUUGACCCGGACUUCAGUGAAAAAGUAUUUAGUAGUCCAUUUUAUAUUAAACACUUGGCACUCACUGUCGACUUUUCUUUUCUUUGGCCCACUCAUGGUUGAAGAAAGGUUCAGAGCAGUAGCAGAGAGAAAACAAAACAGCCAAAGUCAAGUCAAUGUAUCACUGUACCUACUGCGCUACCUAGUGGAAACACUAGGCAUUACAGGACAACCUGGUGGAACCAAUGUGCAUUACAGCACAACCUGGAGGAACCACUCGGCAUUACAGGAUAAGAUCAAAUGAAUGCAGUCAUGAUUUUGAUAUGAUUUGGGCAAUUCUGUACCAAUCUUUGGCGGGCCGGAUGGAAAUGAUCAACGGGCCGAAUGUGGCCCGCGGGUCGUAGUUUGCCCACCCCUACCCUAGACUCUUGUUGUGUUGUACAUACGUAGUUGCAUGUUAGCGAUAGGAGCAUGUUGAGGCACAGCUAUUCUGUGCCCAGAGCUGAAUGAGCUCUAUGUACGCAACAUUUCCACGUUUCGUGUUCAGUGCCAUGUGACCUUCCCGUUGGGAGGUAAACACAUAGUAACAACUAUAAGCUAGUCAAAGUUCAAUCACUGUCUCCUAGAGUUAAGUUAUUAUGAGUGACCUACACAGAAUACUCAGAGUCAGCUUGAAAAGGGUAUUGAGUUUUAGGUCUCGUACCUCAGCAGUUUUGAAAGUAAGUUGGCUUACAUUUGUAUGGUUUGGUGUUGUCUGAAGAGCCAUAUAGAGAUAUUCAGUUACCUCUCUCUCUCUCUCUCUUUACAUAUAUAUAUAUAUAUAUACAUACAUACAGUGGGUACGGAAAGUUUUCAGACCCCCUUAAAAUUUUCACUCUUUGUUAUAUUGCAGCCAUUUGUUAAAAUCAUUUAAGUUUAUUUUUUUCCUCAUUAAUGUACACACAGCACCCCAUAUUGACAGAAAUAAACCUGAAUUUUCUUUG